AUGGUGCACACCGGGGCAAGUGAAGAGGGGGCAUCCACAGAGCAGCAGCAGGGCUCAUCUUCAUCAUCCUCUUCAUCUGCGGUGUGUCUGCGGAGUCGACCCUGCUCCAGUGAACGGGACCAUCAUGUGCGGACGGUGAAGGCGGCUCUGCAGUCCAGGUUUGGGCCCUACGAGCCGGUCCUGACCUACCUCCAGGCCGUGCUGGUGUGGGAGAAGCCCGUGCAAUGUGUGCUGCUUUACGUCCUGGUCAACCUUGUAUUCUGGUUCUUUGCCCUGACCUCGCUGCGCCUGCUCUUCCUCGUGGCGUCAGGUUUGGCUCUGGCUGUUUUGGUCGACACCUGGAGGAAUAAGAUUUGGCCGGAGAUUAGAGUCAAAAAAAUGGAGGAAUCUGAAUGCUGGGGUCUCGUGCAGCCCGGGAUCCUCAGUGUCCCAGAGCUGUGUCAUCACGUAGCCGAGGCCUGGGUCAGUGGAGCAGUGCUCACGUCCAGCAUGCUUCAAUACAAACGCCUCAACCCUGGAAAAUUCUGCCUCUUGACCUGCAGUAUCUUCUCCUGCCUGGCUCUGCUCGGGCGUCACAUCCCAGGAGUGCUGCUGUCCUACUCUGCCGUGUGGGCGACUCUGCUGGCCCCUCUGGCGGCUUAUCACCGGCUCUUUCAACGUGUGUGCGUGAGGCUGGAGCCGGUCCUGCAGCGGCUGGACUUCAGCGGUCAGGGAUACAUGAUGUCAAAGCCCAUCGAUAAUCAGUUUUUACGAAGGCCCAUUGGAGGAGCAGCCUCAGGAGAGGGCAGCGACAGUGAGGAGGAGCUGGCGGCGUUCUGUCCAACGUUUGAUGACUCCAUUGUUGCUAAGGAGCUGGCCAUGACGGACUCUGAACACUCUGACGCUGAGGUGUACACGGAGAACGGGACGUUUAACCUCUCUAGAGGACAGACGCCGCUCACAGAGGGCUCUGAAGACUUGGACCGCCACAGUGAUGCGGAGGAGUCGUUUGCUCAGGACCUUCCAGACUUUCCAUCCAUUAACCCUGAUGCCACGCUGAUGGACGACGAUGACGACACCAGUAUCGGGCUCCCCAGCCUGGGCCGCUCGGGGCGCACCAGUCACCGCGCCUCAGUGCUGGACGUGGAGGAGGAGCUGGACUCUGAGGAGGAGCUGGACUCUCUGCCCAUCACCUCUGACCUCACCGGGGAGCUGGCUGGAGUCAUCGCCAGCAACAUGAUCCAGGCGGCUCUGGCCGGGGCCCUGCAGCCGCGGGCCCCUGUGCACCGCAGAGAGGGGCCCCCUAAAGCAGGGGCCCAUCGGAGCUACCGCAAACAAUCGAGCUCUGAGUUGGAUACAGACUGGGACCCUGAGGACUUUGAGAUGCUGGAUCAGUCUGAACUGAACCAGAUGGAUCCUGUGGGAGGCAGUAAACGAGGAGAGGGGCAGGGCGCUACCUUCUUAUCCAGUCUGCUCGGAAAACCUAAGUCAGGACAGAGCCACGCAGGGACCAAACGUGACAUUCCUUUGGCGGCGCUCAACAUGCACUGA